AUGGGCAGUACAGUGGUCUUCCCAAACGUAAUAACCCCGCAUGCCAAUGCCACCUAUGCCGAAUGGACGCGGCUCCAGGACCGCCUGCGCUCCGGUUCCCCGGUGGUCGUCAAUGGCCAUGACCUGACCAUCGCCGACGUGGUGGCCGUCUCUAUGCGCGGCGUUCCGGCCCAGUUGACGUCCGACCCGAUCAGACAGCAAGAGAUCCUGAAAAGCGUUAACUUCCUGCAGCAUGAGCUCGAGCUGGGCCAAGUCGUCUAUGGCGUUAACACCGGGUUUGGCGGCAGCGCCGACACGCGCACGCAAAACUUUGAGCGCUUGCAGGAUGCAGCCAUCCAGCAUCUCAAUGUCGGCAUCUUGCUGAAAGCCGACAAGAGAGACCCUGAAGAUGAAGGGGACGUCAAGGAUAACCAGCUGCUGCGCAGCCACGCGUUGCCUGUUCCUGUCGUUAGGGCGUCGAUGCUCAUCAGGUGCAAUUCCCUGAUGAGAGGUCAUUCCGCGGUUCGUGUCAGUGUGAUCGAAUCUGUCAUGAAGUUGUUGGCGCUGGAUAUGACGCCAGUGGUGCCCCUGCGCGGAAGCAUCUCCUCAUCGGGCGACCUCUCAACGCUUUCAUACAUCGCCGGCGCUAUUGAGGGCAACCCGGAUAUCUACGUCCGGAUCGGCGGCAAGGAACCUAACGGCCGGCCCAAGGUCAUCCCUGCCAGCGAGACCCUCGAGAUAGCCGGUAUCAGGCCAGUUCGCCUUCAGGCCAAGGAAGGCCUGGGUAUCACCAACGGCACGGCGCCCAGUUGCGCAGUUGCCUGUCUCGCGAUACACGAGGCCAACCAGUUGGCGCUCCUCGUGCAGGUGCUGACCGCGAUGGGCACUGAAGCUCUUGACGGCACUAUCAACAACUACGACCCCUUUAUUUCUCAGGUCCGGCCACACUCUGGCCAGACAGAGGUCGCACAUAACAUCUACAACUUUUUGCGAGACUCAAAACUCUGUCCCUCCGACGAGGCGUCCUCCAAGCAUCGCGUUGGCUUAGCCCAGGACCGGUACCCCUUACGAACCGCACCCCAAUGGAUCGGUCCCCAGCUCGAGGACUUGCGGCUGGCCACGCGCCAGGUCGAGAUCGAGCUGAACUCCACCACUGAUAACCCUCUCAUCGAUGCUCAUGGCUUGCGCGUCCAUCAUGGAGGGAACUUCCAGGCCAUGGCUAUCACCUCGGCGAUGGAGAAGACCAUGACUGCGCUGCAGAACCUCGGCAGACUCCUCUUCACCCAGUGCACGGAACUGAUCAACAACGCGACCAAUAAGGGCCUGCCGCCGAACUUGUCUGCUGACGACCCCUCGGCAUCGUUCACAGCCAAGGGAUUCGACGUCAACAUGGCUGCAUAUGCCGCCGAGUUGGCCUACCUUGCUCGUCCGGUCUCGUCGCACGUUCAGAUUGCUGAAAUGGCCAACCAGAGUGUCAACUCCAUGGCACUCGUCGCAGGGCGCUAUGCCCUUGAGGCAGUUGAACUUGUCUCGUUGAUGGCAGCCACAUAUCUCUAUGUGCUGUGUCAGGCAUUAGAUCUGCGGUGUUUGGGCCGGGAAUUUGCUCUGCUGGUACCGGCAGCGCUGAAGUCUGCUUUGCAGAAGCUUGUAGACGGCAUCGAGGUCAAGGAUGAGCUCCUCAAUAAGGUCAGCCACGCCAUCAUGCAAAAGUGGGAUCGUCUGGCGCAUAAGGACUUGCCGGACCGGAGUCGCUUGGCUGUGGGCGAGGCCAUCGCCGAAUUGCUCGAAAUACUCAACGGUUACGAGUUGACGACGUCCGCAAUCCGUGAGUUCCGCUCUGAGGCUGCCUCGGCGCUGCAGCAGUGCUAUCGCGCUGUGAGAUCAUCCUUCUUCACGCACCCUACAACCACGCGCUGGGUCAGCCCCUUGACGGCGGCCGUGUGGAAAUGGGUGCGUGAAGAACUGAAGGUGCCGAUGAAUCGGGGUGUCGAGGACCAUCCGCCUUUAUUGGUCAGAAGGUGGAAAUCCGGGGAGGAUAUUGGGCUAAAGAAUGAAGAGGAGGUGAAGGUCAGGAGCAGGAUCCUGGGGAGCUUAGCGGGGGAGAUCUACGAGGGUUUAAGGCGGGGAGAGCUGAUGGAGAAAGUUAUGAAAUGGGGGGAGAAAGUGGAGUUGUGGGUGUAG